AUGGCUCAACGAAGCUCAAAUGCGGCGGCCGAAGACACAAACAAAGAAUCGCAGUCCGAGAACAUUACAUUCCGAGUUCGCGGGGUGCCGGCGAACUGGGGCCGCGAACAACUGCAACACUGCUUAAUGAAUCAAGUAAAUGGUCUGCAUAUGUCCAUCAGGUCACUCGCUACUGAAGCUGGUGAACAAUACCAAUCAGCCACAAUCGCAUUCCAAAAUUUGCCCCCACAGCUUCAAAAUCAUCUCAAUUGGGACAUCAUUGUACCAGACACGUCCAAUGCCGAGUUUGCUGGUGAACGAUGCCUGAACAUCGACAAAGACUUCUACGGCUUAACAACACUUUUUGCCCCGCCUCCACGCGAGCACAAGAUAGAUAUCAUCGCAUUAUCUGGUCUCGGAAGUCACGCGUUCGGAUCGUUCAGACAAAGAAAAGGGCCCAACAUGUGGCUGCGUGACUCCCUUCCAUAUGAUCUUACCUCAGAGACUACAAAUAAACCAAUGGCGAGGAUAAUGAUAUACGGUUAUGAAUCAGAUGUUGUGAACAGCAACAACACGCAAAAUUUAGAAGACUUGGCCACUGCAUUCCAUAAUAGCUUACUCGCAAUAGCAACUGGUUCAACGCUCAAGCCAAUCAUCUUCAUCGGGCAUAGUCUCGGAGGACUGAACAUCAAGCAGGUAAGUUACCUGUUAAUAUGUCUGUCGAGAUCGGAAUUCCAACAAGACAAAGAAUUUCUCGGUGCCGUAUAUGGCGUUGUCUUCUUUGGCACUCCACACGAUGGUAUGGAUAUAAGGGCACUCAUUUCCAUGGCUGGCGACGGACCAAAUCGAUUUCUAUUAGAAUCUAUCAGCCGCAAUUCUCAGGUACUAAGUACUCAACAACGGGACUUUUGCAGCGCUUUAGAGGGGCAGAAGCAAUCAGAGGUUUUCUGUUUUUAUGAAACUUUAGAAUCUCCAACAGCAGUUCAAGACGAGUUUGGGCGCUGGACAAACACUGGACAUGCCGCAAUUCUAGUUACCAAAUCCUCAGCGACACAUUGCCGCCCAUGGGAAGACGGCCCAGAACACAUUUGCGCCAUUGCUCGCACACAUUCAGGGAUCGUGAAAUUUGGACGUUACGAUACUGCAUAUAAGAACGUCAGAGAGAGAAUGAGAAGUCUAUCCAAGAGGGCUCUCGCGGCGGGAGAUCAACCGCAAGAAGAAACAGCAAAGUGUAUGUAA